GACGGUUUGUUGGAAUUUCUACAAAGUGGAGGGACGUAAAAAGGAGGACGGACAGAGGGCAGCCCUGUGGAUGGACUCUGAGCAGGCCAGAUGGAAACAGAACAGGCCAGACAUGAGACGGAAGAAAGUCUGAUAUUAGCACAAUUUGGCACAUCUCGCAACAUCUCUCACAAAUUACAGAAUGGAGGCCAGUCUUCAGAGGGAAAUUCUGUGCAGAUCACUGGGGAUACGAACUGGAACCAUUACAAGCCCAGCACAGGUGCCAACUCCAUGAAAAGGCACAGGGAGAACUGCAACAGCCCCGCUUCAGGACAAGUGCUAUUCGAUCAAGGAGCUUACAUGAUGAAUGGGGAACUGAUGAAUGGAGAGUUGAAGCAUGCACUCACUGAGCAGCCCUUACUGGUCCACCAACCCAAAAAACUUAAAGUGGAUUCUGAGAUUAAAGGAAAUGUCGACAUGAAUUCCAGUUUGGUGGACAACUUUCCUGAGUUGACAAAACCAACUGAUUUUGAAUGCAAUGCCCCUCAGACAGAUAUUAAGUUAGACAAGAGGAACUGUAAUUUUCAAAAUGGCGAUCUUUUCUGUCUACCAAGGGGUAAACAAGUUUCGAUUCCAAACGGUGCUAUAUCACCCCCUUCAACCAUAGAAAGCACUCCGGGUGAUCUUUUAGAAAAAACCUUGUCUCAGUAUUAUCCUGAGCAAGUGUCGAUUGCACCACAAACAUCUGGGUCACAACUUGAUGCUGUUAAUGGCUCACUGGCAAACAAGCUGCCCAGUGAAGGUGCUCAACCCCCGUCUUUAACCUCAGGAUUGUCCAAUUCAGCUCAGAUGCCUGACUCACAGCAACAGCAGUCUGGGGCAUCUGGCGAUGCUGAAGGAGGCAAAACUUACAACUCUGUCAACUACAUAGUGAAUGGAUACUCCAACAAUUUUGGAGCAGACCACCAGCAGCAACCACAACAACAGCAUCAGCAUCAGCAGCGGCCACCCUCUUACUCUGGUCAGGAGCUGUCUCUAAGUCAGAUGCCUGGUAUGAUCUCACCAACAAAUACUGCCAAUAGCUCAAAACAACAUCAAAAUGGCCCACAGUGUUAUCCAAAUGACACAAACCCUCAAGGUAUAUAUGUGAAAGCCAACCAGGAGUUUAACCAGAACUCUUUUCUAGAGCGCAGUGCUCCUCUACAGGUAGCAGAGGCAGGUGGAUACGGACCCUUUCCCAACUCUGGGAUACAGAAGAUGGGGCAAAGUGAGGGACCCGGGUCUGGUCAGCGUCAGCACCAUGGCACUGAUGGGGGCCAUCAGUAUGGAAUUCAACCCCAGAACUUGCAACAACAUGCUGGGAAGCCACGUGGAGCUGACAGUAUGGGAUCCAUGGGGCCCAGUCUCCAGCAGCCACAUCAUGCUGGGUUAGAAAAUGGGAUGGACAACGUGUCUCAGCAGAGAGCCAACUUAUCAUGUUCGACUCCCCACCAGAGAGGCUGGAUAGAGCUGAACUCUUCACAUUCCCAGCAGCAACCAGCAAGUGGCCCAUCGUCUCAGGCACAAGAGCAGGACAUGUGGAGGGGCUUCUCUGCUAAACCUCAGUCAGAGCAGCAGGCAGCUAACCAUCAGGUUCACAGACAGAUGUUGGAGCCAAACCCGGCACAAAGAUUCCAGACACAAGGAGUUUUCACAGAUAGCAGCCAGGGGUCUAACAGCUUCCAGCAGCAACAACAGGAUUGUCUCCCAGCCCAAACACACUGUGCUCCAGCCCAGCACAACACUGCCCCUGAGUGGCAGCAAUCAAAUUCUAAAGCACCUCAAAUGCAGCAGCCUCUGCCACAGAAAUUGCCUGAGCAGCGCAACUUCCCCCAGAAUCAGCAGGCAGAUGGCCAUUACCACACCCAGAUGCAGUCAGAGCACUUAUGUGAAGACCCUGACCUGCAGGAUAUACUGUCACCUGGGUUUUUACCGACACAGCAACAACAGCACUGUCAUCUUCAGCGUCCACUGUCCCACCCACCACAAUUUGAAGGGCAGCAACUCACGUCUCCCAAUUACAGACCUCACAGUCAGCCUCCGCCAGGUCAGCAACAGCUUCAACCCAACCAGCCUCUUAAAAACAUUUCUGCUCAAUCCAACAACCAAAACAUCCAGCACAGCAACCAUACAACAUUCAAUUACAAUAACUCAACAGAAACGCAACAAUUACAACAUCAAAGGCAGUAUCCACCAAACUCAGGCAGCAGCAACCUCAAGCAAUUUCAACCACAGCGGCCUAACAACCACUGCCACCAGCCCAACCACACGGACUUCUCCCAGACCUCUACACAGUCACAACCUCACUUACCACAAGGUGCGUUAAACCAACAGGUUUCGACACAGAUGUAUCCUAAAGCUGAACAGCAGCUGAGGACGCCAUGCACUCAGUUCCAAAGGGGACCUCGACUACCUCUGGGACCUGUAAGUCCCCAUGGAGACUUUCAGAAGCAUGCAGCCCUGCGUAUGCACCUGUUACAAAGGCAAGAGCGCCAGGGCCCUCCUCACCCCCCUCAGAGUACUAAUGACCCCAAACACGGCCUGAGAGCUGUGAAAAUGGAAAACGGACCUAGAUUUGAGUUGUCUGGUUCACAACAGCAGGAGCAGCAGUUACAGAUGCGAGUGGAGACAGGCAUGGGUGGAAUGCAAGUCAAGCAGGAGAAUCAACAAUCCCUGUGCGCGCAAAGCACGAAGCAGGGAAGCAUCCUCGCCUCUAUGGAAGAAAGCCUGAACCAGUACCAGCUUUCACCUGUGUUUGAGAAGAAAUCCCUCGUCAUCAAUGCGGCAAAUAAAGUCAAGGUGGAGUCUUCUGGGCCUGUUACGAUCCUGUCAGCCAACACUGACCUGAGUGGAGUGGAAUCAUCUGCAGCUGCAUCAGCCACCACUGUAGCUCUAAAAAAACCACCUGAUUCCACCCCUAAGAAGGAACACCUCCUACAAAGAUUUAUGGACUCUCCUAUGAAGCUACUGGAUACCCCUAUUAAGAAUCUACUGGAUACCCCAAUGAAAACCCAAUAUGACAUUGCAUCCUGUCACUGUGUUGAACAAAUCAGUGAGAAGGAUGAAGGCCCAUACUACACUCACCUGGGGUCAGCACCUAGUGUUGCUGGUAUACGGGAGAUGAUGGAGAAAAGAUCUGGCCUAACUGGUCACGCCAUCAGGAUUGAGAAAGUCAUAUACACCGGCAAGGAAGGAAAAAGUACACAGGGGUGUCCCAUAGCUAAAUGGGUGAUUCGUCGAUCCAGCGUAGAAGAAAAGCUACUGGUGCUGGUGCGGGAACGCAGUGGUCACACAUGUGUAACGGCCUGCAUCAUUGUGGUAAUCCUGGUCUGGGAGGGCAUCCUGCCCAACCUGGCUGACCGCCUCUACCUCGAGCUAAGUGAAACUCUAACAAAGCAUGGAGCCCUCACUCAGAGACGCUGUGCUCUCAAUGAAGAGAGGACCUGUGCAUGCCAGGGGUUAGAUCCUGAUGCCUCUGGAGCAUCUUUCUCCUUUGGCUGUUCUUGGAGCAUGUACUACAAUGGCUGCAAGUUUGCCAGGAGCAAAAUCCCAAGAAAAUUCAAGCUACUAGGAGAUGAUGUGAAAGAGGAAGAGAGACUGGAGCACAACUUUCAAAGUUUGGCAACCUUAUUGGCUCCCUUGUAUAAAACUUUGGCGCCUGAGGCUUAUGGAAACCAGGUGGAACAUGAACACAGGGCACCAGAUUGCCGUCUGGGGCACAAGGAGGGCCGUCCUUUCUCUGGGGUCACUGCUUGCAUGGACUUCUGUGCCCAUGCUCACAGGGACCUUCACAACAUGCAGGGCGGCAGCACUGUGGUGUGUACAUUAACAAGGGAGGAUAAUCGAGAGAUUGGAAAGAUACCAGAGGAUGAGCAGCUCCAUGUCCUGCCUCUUUACAAGACUUCCAACACUGAUGAAUUUGGCAGUGAGGAGGGUCAGCAAGAGAAAAUCAAGUCAGGCGCCAUCCAAGUCCUCAGUGCCUUUCGCCGCCAGGUGCGCAUGCUUGCAGAGCCCGCCAAGUCUUGCCGGCAAAAGAAGCUGGAUGCUAAGAAGGCAGCAGCCAAUAAGAAUGCCAUGCUGGACAGCUCUAAUGAUAAGGCUCUACUUGCCAAGUCAAAAACUGGCACUUACGAGAACACCACUCACAGCACUCUUAUGGCAGGACCUAUUCCAGGUGCUCUGGGAGCAACCCUACAGCCAGGUCAGCCAACACACCCCCUCGGGGCCCAUCCUCAGCAACUACAGCAACAACAGCACCAGAGCAUUCUUCCCCCUUAUCCUGGCUCAACAAAUGCAGCCGGCUACCCCAGAUUCCCUAACCACCCUGGGUCUUUUCCAAGCACUUCCAAGCCAGGCAGCAUGUAUCCUCCUCAGCCACAAACACCAACCAGCCAUUAUCCCUCCCCACUCCAUGUACCAAACACUUACAUUAAUGGAUCAAAUCGUCCAUACCCAGGUUAUCAAUGUAAUGGAGGAAUGCCCCUUGACAAUUACCAUCCAUACUAUGCUUCGAACCCAAAGCACCUUGACAUGUAUCGUCAACAGCGGCCAGCGCUUUACUCAGAGCAGCAGUAUGGUGUACAUCAGCGUUAUGAGGUCAAUUAUCCGCCAAGGUAUAGUGAGCCAGGUUUACAGGUCAAUGGUUACAAUGCCUGCAGCAUGAGGCCAGUUCACCCCAUGAGACCAUACGCCCCUUAUGGUCCUAAUGGAGCCUCAGAACCCCAGUUCAUGGACCCCCUCUCAAGAGCAUCCUCAGCCCAUGGAGGUCUGGACUAUACAGCUGCUGUGAGCAAAGGCAAUCAGUUUGGAGGAUACCCAAAUCCAUACCUCUCUCGGAGCCCUCAAAUCCUACCCCCAGGCAAAGAUCCUUUCCAUAUGCAAAUCAAGACAGAAAUGGGCAUGCCUGGCCCACAGAUGCUUUCUUCUCAGUUAAGUGGUGGGUGUUUAAACCCUGAGACACAGUCAGGGUUAGGUCUGCCUAAUGGAGGCCUCAUGGUCUCUGGUAUAAAGCAAGAGCCUGGAACACCACAGACACCCACAACACCACAAAAACCCGAGAUGUGGUCAGACAAUGAGCACAACUUCUUGGACCCUGAUAUUGGUGGUGUGGCAGUGGCACCUAGCCACGGUUCAGUCCUCAUUGAGUGUGCGAAACGGGAGCUUCAUGCCACAACGCCCCUUAAAAAUCCAGACCGCAACCACCCAACGCGUAUCUCCUUGGUCUUUUACCAGCACAAAAAUAUGAAUGAGGCCAAGCAUGGCUUGGCGCUAUGGGAAGCCAAGAUGGCAGAGAAGGCACGAGAGAAGGAGGAAGACGCAGAGAGGAAUGGUGGUGAAGGGACACCUAGCAAAGGCAGCAAGAAGGGGGUGAAGCGGGAGCAUCCAGAGUCAUCAGAAACCAUCGGAGAGCCUCCUUUCAAGCGUUUUAUCCAGGCACUAAUGGAGGGGUCCUUGUCCUGCACAACGAACACCUAUGUCAGUACAUCUCCAUACGCCUUCACCAAGGUCACAGGGCCUUACAGUCAGUUUGUGUAGAAAACACUCAUGAUGCAGAAAAUUGAAGGUGCUUUAUUUAUGACAAAGACCACAAUUGCCACUGGCCUCAUCUAAACACUCCUUCCUAUCAAUAAGAUUAAAAACAGCAUUGCAUAGAAAAAGGAGCCUGUGAUAAGAUGACAUAUAAAUCACCUUUCACAUCAGGUGUUUCACCUCUUCAACAAUCAAGCUUUACUAGUUGACCCUACCAAGGAUGUAUUUAUUUUUGUUUGGCAACUUUUGCAAGAUACACACUGUCAAAAUCUCUGGUGCUUUUAGUCUGAUACAUAAGGAGCUAUUUUUACUGGAAACAAAGUUUCAUUUUUGGUGGCUUUAUUUUUCUUACAAAAAUUGUUGGAGAUGUAAUCUUGGCAUAAAACACUGACUUUGAAAAUGACAACAUUCACGGUGCUAAAAUGUGUGCUUAUUACCAUUUUUUUAAUGCAAGGCCUUCACACUAUAACCAUAACACACUCUACCAGUGACACUCAAUGACUCAUGUCAAAUGGACACUGAAAAUAAUAUCUGUCACUGUCAAAUCAUCGCCAUCAUAAUGGUUUUUGGCAAGUCAGUGUUUCUUAGAGCACUUUUUGAUAAGACUUAAAUGUUUUGGUAAUACCUUUAAAUCAUAAAAUCUGGUUAUACUGUAUUGCUGCAUUGACAGCAACGAAUUUCAUAGCAUCAGUGAACUUAAAUUGAUGAAUUUAUAACGGAGGGUUAUAUGAGCAAUCCAUGAAACAGCUGAGUUCAUGCAAAAAGAUUUUUUUUAACUAUCAUUGUGUUGGUGCUUCUUUCACUUUCCUGUCAUUUAUACUGUAAAUUGAGCCAUUCUAAUGGUGCAUUUUUAACAUUUUGAGGAAAAGAAUUUCCAUGUUUGUGUGAUUUUACUUUUUUCCAGGUUUUCUAUGUUGUCAACAACUGUUUUUAAUGUUCCUUACAAUAGGUUCAUUGAACAAACCUGGAUUGUGAAUAUUACAUGUAGUUUUAUGUCUGUUGUGCUUAGUAAAUGUGCUUUUUAUACACUGAGGAACAUGAAACAGGGUAAGCUCAGUGUCAGUUUCAGAGGGCAGCUGGCUUGCUGUGGGGUCUUUAAUUAUUGUAAGAUAAAAAGGUGAGAUUUGUACAGUAAAUUAAUUUCCCUUUUUGGAAUUACUGUUAUAGAUUUUGUGUUGUAAAGAAUGCUAACAGCCUAUUUCAUUGUAUUUCUUUGAGUUUCAACUGAUUUUAUUUCAUAAGGUGCUAUUCAACCUACUAGAAACAUACAAAUGUGAGACUCUUUGGGCAGUGAGAAGGCUUUUAAAUAAUGUACAGUACAAACCUGUCAUAUACCUCAAAACUAGUUUGGCAAUAGGAUUAUAACAUAUUUUUCUUUCUUCCUUUGUAUAUUACUUUCAAAAUGUUAAUAACAGUUAAACUUCAGGCCACCAAAAGGCAUAAAAGUUCAUUUCUUACUUUCUUAUCUAGUAGGAAGUAUUACCUGAACUUGAAUUUUGAUGUUACUGUAAAAUCAGGGACAUUUUCAACUAAUUUUGUGUACAUCUUCAUCGCCUGUACUCAUCUUGUCAUAAUUCUCAUUCAGGGACUUGCCAUUGCAUCCUGAAUCCCAAUAUGAUUCUUGUCUACUCCACACAGACAAAAGUUAUUUUGUGAGGAAACAUAAACUUUCCUGCAAUUCUUUACUUAUAUUUUAGCUAAUAGGAUGGUGGUAAUCUUUUAAAAGUAAUUUGAACAUAUAUGCACUGAGUUGAUUAAAGGGAAAGUAUGACAUUGACUAAGUAUAAAGUAAUGCAUUUGCUUUUGCUAUGAGACAAGACCAGGGCAAUGAUUAACGUAGUUGCACAUCUUUGUGCCUGUGUAUAGUUAAAUUUAUUUAUAACCACUAAGCAAUUGUAUAGUGAUUUUUCUUCCCUGUCUAUCUGAUUUAAUUAAUGCGAUAUAUAAUGGAAUGACUGUCAUGUUAUAGUAACAACUCACCCCACUCUUAAAACAUAUUCAUUUUCUGAAAGCACUUCGUUUCUUUUUCAGGAAAAAAAAAUAUGUAAUAAAGAAUUGCAAAACAUUUUAUUUAAACAGAUUGUAAAUGUGUUUUAAAAAAAAAAAUAAAUUAUGUCACAUUGUACAUACCAAGAAUUUGUAUUGCAGGAAUACAACUCAUUCUUUGAUGUUGAUGUAUGUUCUUCUUCUUCUGUCAAACUGACCCACAGCUCCUCUAUCAGCAAUCCUCAUCAUAUCUUCCUUCCAUAUCCAUUGACUGUUUCAGGUUAAGAGAAUGAUCAUGGUUAGAAUAUCCAGGAAGUCUUUGUAAAUACUACGCUCACUGUCACAGCAAUGUUUACAGUCAUAGUAUCCUGUUAGCUCAGACUUUAGAAGGUCUAGUUUUUUUUAACUGUUCCAGUUUUGUAAAAUAAAUCUACAUUUAAAAAAAGUUAAAUUUCAUUGUACAGGACCCAGCUACAGUAGCAGGUUGUGGUUGAGAAAGCCGAGGUGUCUAAGAUAUAGCGGGUUACAAGCAUAGCCAUACUUGAAGAUGCUUCAGAGUGUUUCUGAGUGAGUCAACAUUACUUGAAUGACUUUCUGGGCUUGACUAGUGCACUACAUGUGCUCAGCUCAAAGGUUAAGCUAGCAGUUGAUACACACUUGGUUUUUUUGCAGUUGGACACUAAAGAUAUAAAAAAAAAAAGUGCAACUUUUCGCCUGUCAUUUUAUUUUUUAAGGCUUUCCUAGUUCUCCUGAAGUUUGGUAUGCUACAAAAAAAUGGAAUUAAGGAUGGGUAUUAAUACUGUAAGUAUUGUAAUGUACUGAAUGCAGUUUAUUUGAAAGCUGUUUAUUAUAUCAUUCCUGAUAUUGCUGAGAUGUGGGUGUUUUUCUAAUAAAAUUUAUAUUUAUU